GGGUCAUCUGGCGCUGGAUCGUCUGGCUCGACAGCGGCAUCGGGUCACCAGGCAUGACAGCGGGCACUGGGUCAUCAGGCAUUGGAUCGCCUGGCUCGACAGCGGGCAUCGGGUCACCAGGCAUGACCGCGGGCACUGGGUCAUCAGGCAUUGGAUCGUCAGGCUGGAUCAGUUCAUCAGGCUGGGUAGAGACAUCAGGCUGGGUAGAGACAUCAGGCAGGGUAGAGACAUCAGGCAGGUGUGGGGGUGCCGAGAGCACCAGGCUGAACCACGGAAGGCAGGUUCUUAGACGGCAGGCUCACCGGUUUGGAUACUGGCAGGAUGGUACUGGUUGGAAAGAAUUUUCGCUUUUUUCUGGUUUUAACUACUGGAGCACUGCAAGUAAACGCAGGUCUGCAAACGAAUGGAGCACCUGA